CCAUGCAGGUCAUCUACUGCCCCCUGUUGGAAGACGAGAGAACCACCACUCCAACAUGCUGGCAGAACGACCAUGCGUGACAACUUCUUGACGUCAUCAAUCGGAAGACAUGGAAAGAACUUAACUCGAACGCAAACCAAGUUACAUGAAUAUAUUUUUAAUGUUUUUAUUUUUAAUUUGUAUUUUAACAACGUGGCUUUCCAGUGAGUUUUGACAAACUCUAGAUGGGGAGAUGUGGCGCUACCGAAAGCCUGGAUUUAAAGCGCUCCUGGUGGCUGAGCUGCAGAGACAGCAGCAGCACCGACAAUUUUGUGACACUCUCCUCAGGGCUGAAGGUGUUUCAGUGCCUGCACACAGUUGUGUCCUCUCAGCCAUCAGCCCAGAACUGUCCACUGCUCUGUCCUCCUCACCCACGCCCCCUGCUGGACAAGACCAUGUGCUGGAAUUUGGCACUCUGGGCGCCAGCACUCUGCUCCACCUGGUCAAACUGCUGUACUCUGGGGAGAUGGCCGGGGAGGGGGAGAGCGAGAAGCGGCGGGCCGUGUCGGCGGCGGCCAAAAUGGGCAUCCGGGACCUGGUGGACGUGGCGCAGCGUGCCGAGGUGGGCGUGCAGACUGAUCCGGUGGCUGAGGAUCAAGUCACGUAUGUCGGGUGGACGGGGGAGGUGAUGGAGAGCAGCACUGUGCUGUGGAGUGAAACAAAUGGGGGGAAAUACGUCCAGACAGGUGGCCCUCAAGUAAGUUCUUGUCCUCCUGUGCCAACCUACGAGACCAUUGACAUGUCUCUACUUCAGAGUUUAAGACACCCUCCAGAUCAUAACCCACAUUCCACACCUGACACAGCACCUCAAUCCCUGCCCAGCAAGGGCACCCUGUGGCCCGCUCACCCGCACGCCUUCUUCUCUGGUGCUGUCGAGGGAGAAUUAGCAGGCGACGAGCAGUUGGAGCAAUAUCGUGACAACAUCCCGGGAUUUAUUAGCCACUUUUUAAACUCGGACCGCCGGGAGGCUGCGAGAGCCAAGACGAAGGCACGAGGAGCCAAAGCGGCGGUUCAGCGGAUGCCUGGGAGGCCGCGCGGAGGGUGGAUGCAGAAGGUGGACGUGCAGACGGUGGCGCCCAGCAAGCAGCACAGGUCCCUCUUGCACAGGUGCGGGACGGCGGCCGCCGUGCGGACGGGCCGGGGGGGAGGAGCCACAGGCAGGAAGUUGUACCUGAAGACCCGACACAUUCUGCAUUCCUUCUGGAGGGCCCAGAGGAAACGGGGGCGAGGAGCGUGGAAGGGUUUCAGCCCGGGUGGAGAAAGUCAUUACGAGAUGGGAGGAGGCGGCAAUGUGACGUGUAGACCGAGGACAAAGCAGGAGUGCCAACAGGUGUCACCCGCCGUGCCCCGCCCUCCGCCUCACGAAGACCCAUCCGAGCGCUUCAAUUGUCUAUUCGAGGAAGUGCUGAUAGGCCUGAACGCGCCGCACUCCCAGCACUGUCAACAGCGCUAUUCUGCCGUCACCACGGAGGUAGUCGCCAAUGGACGAGCAGGCGCCGGCGAUGCGGACGCCGAGGUGGGCUUCCUGGAGCCGCAGGUGGAGGGAGAUUUGACGGCCAUGUUGGAAGACUUCCUGCAGUCCUUGGAGCAACACGGCGACGGCGGCGUUGUCCGGGAGGUGGAACACUGCAGCCCCGGAAAGCAAUCCCAGCGCUCCAAAGCUUCUGUGCGAGGUAAAGCGGCAGGAAACACCGGAAGUAAGAAACGACCCUCCCGACAAGAGAAGAAGCAGACCCCUGACGCAGUGAGCGACAUAAUCAAUAGAAAAGCUGGGGAAGGAGACAAUAAGAGAUUAGGACGGACGUCCGUGGUGAAAGUGAGGCAGCAGAGUGCUCUGCAAGUAAACACCUCAACCAUGACCAUCACAGUCCAGAAGAAUCCUGCACGGUCCGCACUCACCUAUCCAGUCAGAAGCAGACGCAAGAAAGUCCGAAACAUGCCGCUCCCAGAGAUAAAAAUGCCACGUAAGGCUCCCCGAUCAUGCAGUCCCAGAAAGAACACACGACGACUCAGUCCAAUCACAGAGAUACCUGGAACGCCGGCAGGCCAUGGCGACCUGAUUAAGAGAAGUCAAGAAAGAGGAGGGAAUAAUGCAGCUGAGGAGAAAGAAGGCAAGGAAGGAGCGAGGAGGGCGCAAAAGAGGCAUUUAAAGCCAAGAGAAGAGAUGAGAAAUAUCGCCAGCGAGGCCAAGAAGAAAUAUUUUGAGGCAAAUCCUCCACCUUCAUCUUCCACGAGCACUUCUGAUGAGAUGGUUGUGCAUGCCAGCAUAGGCGACAUUGCACCUGUAGACCACAUAGGCGAGCAGAACCAAGAUCUGGCCAACCGGGAAAAACAGGAAGGAAGCUGUGGGAACAAAGCAGCGCCGUGUCUUUCAGCCACUUUACUGUCAUCAUGGGAAGUCAGACCAGAAAGCCAAGACGAAGAGGAGGACAUUGAUGUGGUUGGAACAUGGGAUUCCAUCCCCGAUCCCAUCACCAUCACCUGGUCUACGUCAUCUGGCAGCGAAGACGAGGAGAUCGACGUUACAGAAGUCAGUGGCCUUCGCUCUGAGCCAAGCUGUGGACCCCAUGUAUUGCACCAAGGUAUCCCUACGCUGAGUUAGUUAGUCCCAGGCCUGCAGGUUAGUUUCUCCUCUCGUCUCUGUUAGUUUGACUAGUUGUAUCUGAUUUUAUCAUGUUGAUAAUCAUGAGGGACUCAUUCCAAGAAUCAUUUAGUAACAAGACCUUAGUUUACGCUCUCUUCCCUUGAGCGUUAAUAUUCCUCCAAAAAGAACGUCAUUUGAAAAUCAACACUAACAGUUAUUUGUUGUAUAUGUGACUCAGUUUAGAUAUUUUUGCUACAAUAAAUGUUCCAUUCGAG